GACCUGGAGGUCUGGAUCCGUGAACGGGACCCGAAGACGGCAGAGGAAGCCGCCCGGCUGGCGGAGAUCUUCAUGUCAGCCAAACACAGAGAGCAGCAGAGGUUUCGUCCUCCGACUAACAGCUACUACUAUGGCGUCAACUGAGAUAGCGAGGCAAGCGGGUGAAGGCGCUCGUGCUGUCCCUCUGGCAGGCCAUGUCGGCUUUGACAGCAUGCCUGACCAGCUGGUCAACAAGUCUGUCAACCACGGCUUCUGCUUUAACAUCCUCUGUGUUGGUGAGAAGUCCACCCUGAUGGACACGUUGUUCAACACCAAGUUUGAGGGCGAGCCCACCCAGCACAACCAGCCAGGAGUCACGCUCAAGUCGAACACCUAUGAACUCCAGGAGAGUAACGUGCGCCUCAAACUCACAGUCGUCAACACUGUGGGCUUUGGAGACCAGAUCAAUAAAGAAGACAGCUACAAGUCUAUCGUGGAGUUCAUUGACGCCCAGUUUGAAGCAUAUCUACAGGAGGAGCUGAAAAUCAUGCGCACGCUACACAGCUACCACGACACUCGCAUCCAUGCAUGCCUGUACUUCAUCGCCCCCACGGGACACUCGCUCAAAUCUCUGGACUUGGUGACCAUGAAGAAACUUGAUAGCAAGGUCAACAUUAUCCCAAUCAUCGCCAAGUCCGACGCCAUCUCCAAAAGCGAGCUGGCCAAAUUCAAAAUCAAAAUCACCAGCGAGCUGGUCAGCAACGGCGUGCAGAUCUAUCAGUUCCCCACUGAUGACAAGUCCGUGGCGGAAAUCAACUCCACCAUGAACAGCCAUUUGCCAUUUGCCGUGGUAGGAAGCACGGAGGAAGUGAAGAUUGGGAACAAGAUGGUCAAGGCCCGGCAGUACCCCUGGGGGACGGUGCAGGUUGAAAAUGAGAAUCACUGUGACUUCGUCAAAUUGCAAUGGCUCAAUCGGAUGAAGGACACCAAUACACGUCUCACAGGGUGGUACCUGUCCCUGCAGCCCUACAACUUUGCGGUGCAGUACCGGGCAGGGAAGGACAACCUGGUGGCGGACUGUCUCUCCAGGGUCCAUGAGGACUGAGUACUGGACUCUUCGGAGAGGGGAGGAGGAAUGUAACGACGGGC